UACGGGGACCAGCAGCAGAUCUAUAACCCCCAGCAGUACUCCCAACAGGGUUACCAACAACAACAGCAGGGUUAUCAAUCCCAGCAGCAGCAGCAGCAGCAACAACAGCAACAAGCCCCUACCCCAGAGCCCCCAAAACCUGUUGUUAAAGCACCUAUACCAGCAGAACACCAAAUCCUACAUGAUAUAUUUGAGAAUCUAGCAAAGCAAUGCAUGGGCAAGGCUAGCAAUGCACAAAUGAAGAGGAAACUAGAUGAUGUAAAUAAGAAAUUAGAAGCCCUUUAUGAUAGAUUACGAGAAAAUAGGUUAUCUUCCAAUGUGACGCUAGGUCUUCACCAGAUAAUCCAGGCUAUACAACAGUUUGAUUACCAAACUGGACUAUCUAUACAUACUCAGAUGAUAACUCAAGGAAACUUCUCUGAGAUCAGCUCAUUUAUGCCUGGACUUAAGGUGCUCAUGCAGGCUGCCUCUAAUCUACAAGUAUACGUGCAAUAGGGAGUGUGACAUAGGAAAUUAUUACCCUACUUUCAGACUUUUCAUCAUGGUCAUGGUUUACUAAGCAGUAAGGACCAGUACUUU